AUGUUCUACCAAAACGGAAGAUUGCUACAAGAGGCCGAAUACGACUCUCGAACAACAGCCUGGGUGAACGUAUUCUUCAAUGCACACGACCACAGUUGCGAUGACCUCUCUAUAAUGCGCACAGUCAUCACCUGCAUCCGCACAAGAGUCGCCAGCAUCACCGGCCAUGCUAUGCACUACGAUAUCCCGUUCUGUAUCUCGAUCCGGGUGACCGGAGACCAUGGUGAUAGGGAGUCGAUCCUUGCUGCUGCGGAGGUGUCGGCAGAAGAGAUUCGAGCGCAGGUCGCUAGGGGGUCUAUUCGUAUUAAUCGAGAUUUGCUUUUUCAGAGGGAAUAG